AUGCGGUUCAGAACACUCGAGGAGCUGGGGCAGGGCGACCAAUUGGUGCAGUUAAUUGAUAGUGCUGGGGUUGGAGAUGUUCACAACCUUCAUCUUCGAGACACCGACGUGGUUCUCAUUCCACAGCCAUCUCAAGACAUCAAUGAUCCACUGCGAUGGCCGGCAUGGAAGAAACACUUCGCCUUCUUGAAUGUCUGCCUAUUUGCAUUCAUGAUCACGGGGUAUGUGGGUGGCUUUGCCCCUGCGCUUUACCUGCUCGGCAUCGAAUUCGACAAACCAAUGAAUGAGAGUAUGAAUCUCAUUCUCUGGCCACUUUUGGUGUCGGGACUUGGAAAUUUCUUCUGGGUCCCGGCUGCUGAGUAUGUGGGCAAACGUCCGGUGUUUGUCAUAGCCUCUCUGAUAACAUUUCUCGGAAUGGUUGGCUCUGCAAUCUCAAAAAGCUAUCAGCUGCUUCUCGCUUGCCGAAUCAUUGUCGCUGCUGGUGGGUCAUCGACUGAAGCUUUGGGUGCCGCCAUCAUCAACGACAUCUUUUACCUUCAUGAAAGAGGAUCCAAAAUGGGUCUCUACAUAAUCUUCCUCUACGGAGGUAAUUCUGUGAUGCCAUUGAUUUCCGGCUUCGUGAUCGACCGUGCUGGUUGGCGAUGGUUUUGUUGGCUGUGUGCCAUUAUUUCAUGUUUGAACUUUCUGGCCAUCUUCUUAUUCGUAGAGGAGACGAGAUUUGAACGCAAUGUUGCGCCAUCUGGUCAGCAGGUCGGCGAGGUGCUUCCAGAGAAAACACCAGCGAAUUAUACUCGAGAGCAACAUCUGGAGAAGGUUAAUGUCUCCACUACCGAAAACUCUCCUACCGCUGUUGAUGAGGGCUCUGAGGUUACCGGAACCAAAAAAUCCUAUCUUCGAACUUUGAGUCUUUGGUCUGGGAUUAGCGAACAAUCGUUCUUCAGCCACUUCAUGCGACCUUACCUCAUGAUUGUGUAUCCAGCGGUUAUCUGGGCGACUGUUACAUACUCGCUGGUGCUUGCCUGGCAGAUUAGUGCCAAUACAGUCACGUCCUUCAUAUUUCAACCACCGCCAUACAGCUGGUCGCCCAGUUUGAACGGCCUGAUCAAUAUUCCGGCAAUAAUUGGCAAUCUGGUUGGUGCAUACGUCGGUGGACCUCUGACCGACAAGUGGGCAAGACGCUGGGCCCGCCAGCAUGGUGGUAUCUUCAGCGCCGAGUCUCGUCUGGUGCUGCUUGUCGUUCCAGCCAUCCUUGUUCCCACGGGCCUCCUCAUGUUUGGUUUCGGUGCCGAACAUACACUACACUGGAUAGUGAUGUUCAUCGGCUACGCUCUCAUGAAUACCUGCAACUGUGCCGCCAGUAUCGGUAUGACAUACGUCAUGGACUCAUACUUUGGCGUUGCGGCCGAAGGACUGCUUUUGGUCAAUGGUCUGAAAAACACCAUCGCCUGGGGUUUCACUUACGGCUUCAUUCCAUGGACAGAGAGUGUGGGAUAUGCGAAGGUGAGUGAUUUGCAGAUGGGAUACCCUCCCAGUACCCUCCCAGUACCCUAUCGCCAAUAA